UAAUAUGCAAAGUUGAAACUUGAAAGCGACAAUAAAUAAAAAUUAUUGAUGAGAAUUGGAUAACAUUCUUGGAUUUAUAGAAGGAAAGAUCAUUAGAUUUCUUGCUUUCUACCACUUCUUUUGAGACUAUAAGCUUUCUUUUGUUGAAACAAUGGAGGGGCAUCGAAGGGUGGUUUGUGGUGCAACUCAAACAAUCGGUUUGCUUGCAUUCAUCUACUUGUUUUACACUCAAUCUUCUGCAUUCAACCCCAUCAAAUUUUGCUUCGGAAAUGGAAAUUUGUCUGCUACGUUAAUGGAUGGAGUUGGCGUUCUUGAAGAUGACUAUCAACCAUUUCUUAAAUCCCUUGUAGGAGAUUAUGAUCUACGAAAUCUUGACACGAGUGGCUUCGCUUGUGAUGCUACACUUCACCCAUUGGUUUGUGUAGCAAUUAAUCACGUAAAGAUAGAUAUCAAAACCAUGGAAAUUUAUACGUCUACUCGAUUCAAUUCGACUAAUUCUACCGAUUUUUUGGUUAAAGAGGAGGAAAAAAUUGUACAAGUGCGUCCAUAUGCAUGGCACCAAUCUGAUCUCUUGAAAAAUGUAACUCCGGUCAAGUUCCUCCGUGAACCACUACAAACUCCGGCAAGAUAUUGUGAAUACAACCAUAAAGUUCCAGCCGUUGUCUUCUCAUCCGGUGUCUUCGCUGGAAACAUAUUUCAUGAAUUCAAUGAAAUCAUAAUCCCAUUAUUCAUCACUUCUCGACUAUUCAAAUCACGAGUUCAGUUCAUUUUCGUUGAUUACAACCCUUAUUUGGUAGAGAAGUUUAAACGGAUUUUCACGAGCUUAUCGCAAUACGAUGUCUUGAAUCCAAUGGUGAACAAGAGCAUUCAUUGCUUUCCCGGAGCUGUGGUUGGUCUCAAGUUCCAUAACUUUUUAGCCAUAAAUUCGUCUGAAGUUCCCAAAGGGAACUCCAUAUUAGAAUUCAGAACUUUCCUCAGAGCAACGUAUGGUUUGACGAGCAUGAAUGUUUCCGAAACGGCUUCUGCAACACCGAAGUUGCUUCUUGUGUCUCGCCGGAAAACAAGGUCGUUUACCAACGAAGAUGAACUGGUGGACAUGAUGGAAGAAUUAGGGUUUGAGGUAGUGGUGGUGAGGAGUAACAAAAAAAUGUCAAACUUGGAUAAAUUUGCAAAGCUGGUGAGCACAUGCAGUGUUCUCGUCGGAGCUCACGGCGCCGGGUUAACAAACCUGAUGUUUUUGCCGGCGGGGGCGGUGGUGGUGCAGGUGGUGCCACUAGGGUUGGAGUGGCCAUCGACGGUUUAUUAUGGUGAGCCGGCAUCCCGUAUGGGGUUGCAUUACUUGGAUUAUAAGAUUGGACCGGAGGAGAGUUCGCUUAUUGACUCAUAUCCACGUGAUGACCCGGUUAUUUCGGAUCCAGGAUCCGUAUUCGCUAAAGGGUAUAAUGCUGGAAAGGAAAUGUAUUUAGAUAGACAGAAUUUAAGGGUUGAUGUGAAUAGGUUUAAGGAUACUCUUAUUGAAGCACUUAGAUUACUCGGACAAACAACCCCUUCAGCCAAACGAUGACGCUUUUAGAGGAGUAAUUUUGUGGGUUAUUUUUUUAUAUUCUAUUUAAAUUGAAAUCUGGU